GCCUCUUCCACAGUGUGCCUCUCGCUGUCCGCUAGAAAGGAGUUGUUGUGCUGCGCUGCGCUGCGCUCGCGACACUCGAUAUUCGUGUGAGUGACUGUGUGAGACAGUUGCCGAGAACUGUAGUUUGCGCAUUGAGCGGCACUGCCGUGUAGAGACAGGGCAAGAUGAUAGUGUGUUGUGCUGGCUGCCAGAAGCCCAUCACAGGCAAAUUCCUGGUGACGGUGCUGGACAGGACGUGGCACGCAGAGUGCGUCCGCUGCUCCGACUGUGGCUGUGCCCUCACCGACAAGUGUUUCAGUCGCGAAGGAAAACUUUUCUGCAGGAGCGACUUUUUCAGGAGAUUUGGGACGAAGUGUUCGGGAUGUCUGCAGGGCAUCUCUCCGCAAGACCUGGUACGGAAGGCUCGUGACCGCGUCUUCCACCUCAAGUGUUUCACCUGCUGCGUCUGCCGCAAGCAGCUCUCCACCGGUGAAGAACUCUACGUCCUCGAGGAGAACAAGUUCGUCUGUAAACAAGACUACAUGAGCGGAAAGCUGUCUGUCGACCCUUACGUAUUAUCAGACGAGGAGGAGGAGAUAGAGUCUAUGGACACAGGCGAUGUUUCGCUCAAGUCCCCGGGAUCAGACUCCACCGGCCUGCACGCCCCCAACACGCCUUCCACGCCCUCCGCGCCCCAAACCACAGAUUUGGAGAAAGUCUCCAGCGUCAACUCUCGCGACGAGGGAGAUGAUGAGGACGAGGAGCUGGAGGCCAACAAGGACGAUGAUGACAAGAGGUCUGGGGAGGAGGACAAGGGUAGCAAGAGGCGGGGUCCCAGAACCACCAUCAAGGCCAAGCAGCUGGAGAUUCUCAAGAACGCCUUCAACAAGACCCCGAAACCCACGCGACAUAUCCGGGAGCAGCUGGCCAAGGAGACCGGCCUGCCCAUGCGGGUCAUACAGGUGUGGUUCCAGAACAAACGAAGCAAAGAAAGGCGCAUGAAGCAGCUCUCAACGAUGGGGAUGCGCGCACACCUCUUCGCCAACCCGCGCAAGCUCCGCGACCUCCCGCUGGGGAUGGACGAUGCCUAUGGCUUCUUCCCCGGCUACAACGGCUUCCCAGGCCAACAGUUCCCAGGCUACUUCGGUCCCCAGCAGCCUAUGGGCUACCCCCACAUGGGUCCAGGAAUGGAGCAGCCACUGCCCCCCGGUGGCCCCAUGGGGGGAGCAGAGUUCCCAGGAAUGCCCCCCAUGGCGGCCAUGAUGGGGGAAGCCUUCCCCCCACACACACCCAUGACCUCCCCCUCUGACGAUGUUUCUGUCCACGGCGGUAAGUACUAA